UCCCGUGCUGCCGCGCCUCCGCAACAACGCGAGAGGCUGCCCAGAUCCUCGUGCACCAACGGUGCGGAACUUCUGAUCACGAGCCAACGGUACCAGCACACCGGAGGAACAGAUUGGCUGCCCAGAGUCUGUGACAACCUAGCUUAAGGAAGAGAUGGACAGCAGCAAGCAAUUCGGUGGAGAUGCCUCACUGAAGGAGUAUAUGGAAACCAACGACGGCGCCGCGAGCUCCACCAUUUCCGUCGAGCAGCAAGCGCAAACGCUGGCGCGGAUGACCCUCUUCGAGCGGCAGCGGCGGCGGCGCCUCAGCGCCACGCGCGCGGCGGUCCGGAAGGACGAGGCCGGUACGGCGGACGCGCGGGCGCGGCGCCGGCGCGACAAGCUCGCGGCGCUGUCGCCGCUCGCCAAGGCCGCCGGCGUCGACGCGACCGACGGCGUCCACGCGCGGCUCGCGAAGUGCGACCGCUGCAGCACGCGGUCGAUCCACCGUGCGCGCUCGGCCACGUCCGCGCGGACGCGGGAACUGGCCGCGUCCGCGGGCCGCGCCGCGCUGCGCCGCCAGCGCGGGCCCCGCGAGGCGCUCGACGCGCAGCGCGCCGAGGCCCCCGUGACCCCCGGCGCCGUCGUCGCCCCCGUGCCACACGCGAAGCUCACGGGCAAGCAGCGCCGCCUCGUCAACGCGCACCGGCUCCGGCAGGACCCGCCCGUCGCGAGCUUCGACCUCUACCCGGACGCGUACCACGCCGACGCGCACCGGUCCGCGCCAGUCUUCGGGGACGCCGGGGACCGCAAAACCAUCGUCGACGCGCAACCCGUCCAGCCGUUCGCGGUCAGCGAUCUCGCGAAAAAGGAGCGCGCGUCGUGCGUGUCGCUCGUUUAG